AUGCAUUUCCUGAGUCUGAUUGCUGCCACUGCUCUCAGUGCUAUCCUCGGUGCUGUACCCACAACUGCCGAGCCCAUUGCACAACGCCAGAAAACCACAGCGAGCGAACGCCUUGGUUUAACAUGGCUUGGUGGAAACAGUUCCUUACCCAAGAUUCUCAUAUUGUUCACCGGAGGAACCAUAUCAGGAGGAUCCAUCUACGGCGCUCUAGAUGAUACUCAAUACGGACAAAUCGGCAUAACAGGAGAAGACAUCAUCGCCCGAAACCCGUACCUACUCAAUCACACACAGCUCGCUGUAUCGAAUUGGACAACUCAAGGCAAUGAGUCUACAGGCACCAACGACGCCCUCGUCAUGAAUAUGACGCGCUUCGCACACGAUGCUCUCUGCUCCUCCGACAGCGACAUCCUAGGCGCCGUAUUCACCCAUGGAACCAAUUCCCUCGAAGAAACCGCUUUCCUGAUGGACAGUCUAGUAAAUUGCGGCAAGCCCAUCGUCGCCACCGGCAGCAUGCGCCCUUUCACGCACCUCUCCUACGAAGGCGACGCGAAUUUCUUCGACGCAGUCAUGCUGGCUGCAAGCCCGGCCUCACGUGAUCGAGGCGUCAUGGUUGCUUUCAACGCGCGCAUCAUCUCCGGUUACUGGGUUACAAAGCUGCACUCUACGAAUCCCGAUGCUUUUGGUGCAAACGCCGGCGGCGACUUGGGCUUGUUCAUAAACAGUUUACCGAUUUUCUAUAACUCGCCUAGUCAACCACUGUUCAAGCACUACUUUGAUAUCGACACUGUGUCUUCAUAUGCAACAUUUCCACAUCUGCCCAAAGUCGAUAUUCUGUACGCGGCCCGCGAGUUCGAUGGCAAACUUGUACUUAAUGCGCAUGCGAAUGGUGCUCAAGGUGUAGUCAUUGCAGGGACGGGCAAUGGCGGCAUCCCCAGUGGUCAAGAUGAAAUAUCUGAAGCAUUAGAAAAGGGAUUGCAGAUUGUAGUCGGGACAAGAAGUCCAUAUGGUCCGUCAAGUCCGGCGCGCAGACCCAGUUUGGCCAAAUCCGGGUUCGUGCAUCCGAUUCAGGCGAGGAUCAUGUUACAGUUGGCCAUUGCGAGUGGGAUGGGCAUGAAUGAGACGAUUGAUGUUUUCGAGGGUGGAUUUAGAAAGGCCAUUGGACAGCCAUGGACGCCGGGGGGGAUUAGGGUGCAUGUAGUGUAG